AUGACUGAUAUCGAACUGGAUAUCGAUAUAACCCAGCCACUGGGUUCUAGUGGACUGGCCGGUGAUGAAGAUUUGAUUGAUUACGAAGACGAUUACUCGCAUGAGAACAUUUCCGCGAUCAAGAGGAGUGAUGCUCCAUUUCCAGAUGAGGAUUCCAUCGGGCAAAUAAAUACAGAUACCAUCCAUGCCAAGCCAGAAAUUCAUGGAUCACUGGAAGAAAUCGAUGCCGGAGAACUUGGCCUAGACUCGACUGAAACGGGGGAUGCUGAAGCUCUUGUUGGAGAUGAAGAAGGCCAACUAGAGUUCCCCUACGAACAAGACCAGGGCAAGUUGGAAACCGAGACCUUGGACCAGUCUAGUAUCACCGUUGAUACUCACGAUGGGAAUGGGUCUUCUCAUGACGAGCAUCAAACUACCCAACAUGAUAGUCAUAACAAGGUCGAUAAUCAUGACACGAGCAACGAGCAAUAUCCUCAUCCCUCUGAAUUAGAUAAUGCCGAUGCUGAAGGAUAUGAGAAUCACGAGGUCGAGGAUUACGACAAGGAUGAGGACCACAGCCAUGAUAUUGGCGUAGAAGCGCUGGCUUUUGGUGGUGACGAACCUACGUCUCAUGACGAGGGCGAUGCCGAUGAACAUGACCUGAAAGGUCAAAGUACAAACGAGCUUGAUGUCCACGACGAUUUAAUGGAUGAAGAUCACACCCAUGAAAGUCGAGACCAUUCUCAUGAACAGCCGGAGGGUGACAUUUCGGACUCUGGGAAAAUGGGAUCUAAUGAUCUGGACGACGAGAUUACUUGGGAGGAUGAAGAAGAAGCCCAAGCUAAGGAGGUGGUGGAGGAGGCUGAUAUAUCAACCGAAGGACUCGUUCCUGCAGAGGAGCAUACCGCCGAAGGUGAGCAGACACAACAAUCGCCAACCCCGCAUGAAGGCUCGGAAAGCACCACAGACGAGACCGAAGCGGUCGAGACACAGCAGUCAAAUCAGGAGGCUGGCAUGGACCACGAUCAGCUUGGUACUGAUAAUGAGGGCACCGAGGACGAAAAUCCAGAAUUUCCAGCAGUCGUUGUGCAAUACAAGGGAGAGGAAUUUCCUCUUUUUUCUCCGUCUUCGGGGGGAUUUUUUGCGGAGAUCUCUAUUCUCGAUGAUACGAUCGAGGGGCUGCUGGCAAGCUUCAGAACCGAACUCUCGAAUGAACUUAGCACAGAAGAUGAUCUAGUUUUCCAGAUUGACGAGCUUGGUCUGGAAUAUGCUGAGUCACACCCCCAUGACUUAUUAUGCACUUGCACCUUGCGCCAGAUUUUGGAAAUAUUUGACAUGCUCGUUAAGAACCAAGACCCGGGCGGUACGCGUACACUUUACACUUGUCUGUUCACGAAGCCCAACCCCCCCAAGCGGUGGGAGGCCCUGCUAGAAAGUGCAGCAUCUGGUCAGGGCCUGGAGGAGGUCAUGCAUAUUUUCAAUCCUCGUGUUCCCACUAGCACCGAAGCGGAGGCUUGGGGAGGCUCCGAGGAGUAUGGGCUCCUUGACGAAUAUGAAAGUGUUGAAGAUGAUCAAGCGGAAGUGACAUACGAGGAUACCGAGGAGCAAAACGAAGAAGAAAUUGAUAUAGCAGAAGCUAAUCAUGCCCAAGAGGAAGGGGGUCACCCCAACUCGGCAACGGGCUAUAUUGAUGCACAGGAAGUCGAAGAGCCUGACCGCAACACCGAUAACGACGAUUUCGAACAGUCACCCGUUGCCAAUCAAUUUGAUCAGCCGACGGUCCAAGCAACUACGAACGUACCCUCAACUUCCAAUAUCGAGAGCAAUUCCGCUGUCAAUGCAACCUCGCAUGUUGAAGUGAUCGAUCAAGAUGAGGAGGUUGAUUUCGGGCUAGGCGAUGACGCACAAGUCAUAUCCCAACACAUUGCCGAGGGAGAAUUCGACGACGAGCCAUCUGGCAGCACAACGACGAACACUUUGCAUGCUGAUGAGACCGAGGACCAGCAUGUGAGAUUUCUUGAGGAUCAGGCCCUUCAAGAUGAGAAUGAUGAUCAGUACCAAGUAGAUUUGGUUGAGAUUGAUUGGAACGAAGCUGAAGAAAAUGAAAUUGCCACUGGAGGCGAGUCUACAACACCGUCCGCCAAACGGUCUUAUCCGACCGACCCACAGGAUGCGGAUGAAAACUCAGAUGCCAAACGGCGCCGGUCCUCUUGA